UAUACUUACUAUAUAAUUUAUUAUAUUAGUGGCAAUUGUGGAAGCUAUUUUUCAUUCAUGAAACAAAUUAGAACAAAUUAGAAUAGUACUCAAGCAUAAACCAUAUAUUUUACAUAGAGGUAUUCCACGUGGAAAUGGUAUGACCCAUGUGACCACAUGUGACUUGAAAGAAGUUUAAGGUUAUGUUAGAUCAUGUUAGAAUGCUUUGUUUUGAUCGAGCGCUUACGCCGGUAUAAAAUUGUAAAAAUGAAUGAGAAGAAUGAAAGUGCGAUGAAAAAUGGCAAUCGAGAGGAGGAGGAGGAAGAUUUGUGCAAAGAAGCAAUUAACGGCCUCAUUCGCAGAGAAGAUUUACAUUCAUUUUUCGAACGUAGCUGCCACAGCGUCAACAAGAUUCACUUUUCGGCGGUUCCCAAGAUUUGCAAGGAUGAACCGUGUCAGCUCGGAGUCGAUGAGGCGGGUCGCGGUCCGGUUUUAGGUCCGAUGGUCUAUGGAAUCUCGUACGCUCCGUUAUCUCAGAAACAACUGCUCGUUGAUCUGGGCUGUGCCGAUUCCAAGAGCCUGACAGAGAAGAAACGCGAUGAGAUAUUUGACGACAUCUGCGAGCGUAAAGAGAACAUCGGUUGGGCGAUUGAGGCGAUAUCGCCGAACAUUAUCUCCAAUAGCAUGUAUCGUCGCACCAAGGUCUCGUUGAACGAGGUCUCCAUGAUAUCAGCUACAAAUUUAAUCCAGGGAGCGAUCGAGGCAGGCGUGAAUGUCGCUGAGAUCUACGUGGACACUGUGGGCAAGCCUGAAUCAUAUCAGGCGCGACUAAAAGGUGUGUUUCCCGGGAUCAAGAUAGUCGUAGCAAAAAAGGCCGACGCGACCUAUCCGAUCGUCAGCGCGGCCAGCAUAUGUGCCAAGGUGACGCGGGAUCACGCGAUACGCGCGUGGCGGUUUCGCGAGGGUGAAAACAUCGAGACGCAGUACGGCAGCGGCUAUCCCACCGAUCCAGUGACGAAAAAGUGGCUGUCCACGAACGUGGACCGGGUAUUCGGUUUUCCGCAACUCGUCCGGUUUAGCUGGUCCACCGCCGAGCAGAUUCUCGAAUCGAAAGCGUUGACGGUGGAAUGGGAAGAAACGGAGGAGCCAGAAACUACCAACGAGCAGAAGAUCUUGAAAUUUUUCGCCAAAUCCCCGGCUAAAUCGUCCAACGGUCAUGUGAAAAAGCAUCCGUUCUUCACGGAACGUUGUCUAUCCAAUGCAACUACCUUAUGAUGUUUGCUUUAUGCUGAUUUCCUUCCUUCUCAUUGUGCUCAUAUAAUGGGAUUUUAAAGAGCCUUAACGUAAGACAAUAUCGAAUUAUUAUAUAGCUUAUAAUGUUUAGUGAUGAUUUUUAUAUUUAAUCAAGACAUGUACGAGACAUUCAGAGUAAAAGUGGAUUAAACGUAUCUUUUCCUCUAAAAAUAUCUAAGAUACAGGGUGAAUCUUAAUGGUUGCGUUAAUGUUUUACCGAAUGCAACCGUAUAAUCCACUAAAUAUAAUUCUUUACAAUUAGGUCUCUCUCAUGGUAAAAUGUUGACACAGUCAUUAAGAUUCACUUUCUAUAUAAUAAAUAUUCAAUAUUACUUUCAAUAUCUUUCGUUACGGUUUUAUUAGAUCGAUGUACAACACAUUUUGGGAGAAAUUUACGCGAUUUACUGAAGAAAAUAUUUCUGCAGAUUAGAGUUUAACGAUAUCAUUCUUCUUUGUAACUUGAUAUUACAGCGUUUUACCUUGAAACGUUUAUUAUAUUAUAACGUAAAUUAAAGAUAAGUAUAUAUCGACCGACUUACGAGAGAUUUUAUAUAUAUAUGUAUAAUAUAUGUAUAUAUAUUUAUAUACAUAUGUACAAGAACGUGUGUCCUUACAGCUACCAUAGAUAAAGAGUGUGGCAAGUUUUUAUUUACGAAAUCUUUUCUACACACCAUGCCACCGUGAUUAAUUAACAAUUAGGAAUGCUUAGCGUGAAAAGUUCGAAAAUCUUUGGUAAACGCACGCUACAGUCACACACGCCGUACAAUUAUUCCUAGGAUAUAAUCUUGUUAAUGUACGAUUAAUAGCGACUAGAUCGUUAAGGGCUACUGUAUGGUGGCGAACAGAAACGACGAUUUGUCUUGUUUACGUUGCGUUCGCUGCCUCUGCUUGGUUGUUAUGUACUAGAUUCUCGAUUCGUGUUUAUUUUAUUGAUUUACAGGGGCACACACGCGUCGUGUAAGUUCAUCGUGCGCGUCGCCCUCGUUUUCUUAACUAAAUAUCUGCCAUCCGAGACGAAUCGAGUGUGUGGUAUAUUGAUAUAAAUUAAUCUUGUAGAACAAAAUGACAUUUUUAGAUACUUUUAAGGAAGUUCUCCAAUCUUUUCACAAUAUAAAAAUUUGAACAAAUUUGAAAAUAAAUUUAUAAUUAAUAUAUAUAGGCAUUCCAAAUUUUCUCGAAUUUUUUGAUUGUAUGACGUUUUUUAAAAUAAUUUUUUAAAUUAAUAUUGAGUUUUACGAGAGAAAAAAAGUAAUUUUUUAAGUAAUUUAAUCUCAAACAAAUGUAAGAAAUUAAAAAGAAUUAUAUUCAUAAGAAGAAUGAUAUUGAAAAGUACAUUUUAAAAUUUAAAAAAAAAUGAAGUUUUACCAUAUAAUUUUUGUAAUAUAAAAGGUUUACACAAAUGUUUACAUGAAUUACACAAUUUUCUUUAAAUAUGAUAUCACACACACAUUAAUGAACAUGUAACAACAUCGCUUGUUUUUAUAUUUAAAUUAUUAUGAAUAAUUUUUUUACAUGAAUAUUUAUUAAUAUUAUAAAAAAGAUAUUUUUAAAUAACAAAUUAUCGUUUUUAUUACUUAAAUUUUAUUAAUUAUUUAUCAUUUUGAAGAUGGCAAUGCCAAAGACUUUUGUAAAAGGUAUGUGAAUGAAGUCAUAUAAUUUCGAUCUAUUUUUUUAAACUGGAGAAACUCCUUAAGUAUCUAAACUUUUUAAAUAAAUAUUCAAUAAAUACUUGAAGAUGACCGAAAUAUUUUAAUAAUCGCAAAUUGCACGUCGAUGUCCAAUUCGAAAAUUUGCGAAGAAUUUCCUCGUGUACGGCUAAAUUGUUAAUAUUAUAUCGUCUUAAAAUUCAGUGAAGUAUACUUGCAUUUUAUCGUUCCAGACGUGGCAUAGUUAAUGAAAAUUCAAUAAAACGCAGACCCAUGCCAUAGUUUGCACAGCUGAUACGUGCUAGCCGUACACAGUGAAUAUUCAGACGAAGUCGCACGCGCGUGUGUGCACUCGAACAAAUCGAUUUACGCACUUUAUGUAUGAGUCGCUGCAAGCAGUGUAAAAAGUCGGAACACCAAAUUUUCGCGAUGAAUAUCAGUAUGGCAGUGCAUAUAAUCCGAUGAAUGUACGAGACGUGCCAAGCAAAAAUGUUGCAAGUGCUAUUUUUUUCAUUUUUAGAGAGAAACGGAAAAUACAUAUUUUUUUAAACUAUUUAAAAAUUCUACAAAAGAGAAUCACCGUAAUAACUGCCAACAUUUUGGGAUAUUAUAUUAUUAAAAGGAAAACAAUUGUUAACGGAAUGAUAAUGCCAAAGUCAGGACUGACUGUGUCCUCAGUUUAUCUCCAAUGGGAAUAAAAUCUUGAAAACGUAUUCUGAAAUCAAAUUGAAGGCCAGAGUAGAUCUGGCAAUAGCAAUGCGACAACAAACUCUGAACAGAUUUCUUUAUCGCAAAGUGCUUACAGAUUCGCAACAUUGAUCAAAUCUAUCACCAGACAUGUCGAUAGAGUAUUAUCAAUAAAUAAAGAUCAAAUCUGUUUUUAGAAACAAAAAUAAAUCAAAAUAAAAUCUUUGCAUUAAUUUUUACAGAACCAAAAUUUGCCUUGUCAAAAAUGCAUCUCAUUUAUUUUCGUCUUUGAACCUAAUUUUGAGCAUUUACCUUCAAAAUCACUUAAUUAGAAUAUAAAUGAAAAAUCCCAUAAUGCUAUAUCAUUGUGUAGUUUUUUUUUUAUUUACAAGAAAUAAAACUCUGCCGCAUUUAUCUAUCGACGAUGCCGUGUUUUAGUUUGGUUAUUUUAGUGAAGAUUCUUUGAAUUUUUGCUAUUAAUUUGUUAUCAAUAUGUAUUAAA